UUUCUUUGUUGCGACGACGCUGGGUAAAUCAUCUGGACACUGGGUCUCACUAUCGCCAAAUAUAUUUGGAGAUCGGCUUCGGCUACGGCUUGGCAGACAUUUUUUUCUUUCUACAAUUUUAAAUUAAAUUUAUUAGAAUAAAUGCUUCGAACACACGCGAUCUAAGUACCUUUUGUGUUUAUUAUACCUUACCUACCUAGGUAUAAAAAGAGUACUUACGUAGAUUUUCUUUUAUUAACUGUUUUAUACGAAGAUCUUGAUCUCUCAAAUUAGCAUCCAUUUUACUUCCAGUGAUUAUCAACUAAAUUAAUAAUCCACAAAGUAUUAAAUAACGUUUUUAUGAAAUAUUUAGCACAAAAACAAUACCCUUUAAAUAUCGAUCGUCAGUAACUGUGGCUGACUUACCUAUAUUCUAGCAAGCAGGACUGCCAGAUGUGAAGGGGAAAUCCCCAAUAAAUUGUUGCAUGUGACUGAUGAUGUGAGCAUGUUCGUUUCAUAAUAAAAAUGUUGCCAGGUAACCAAAAAGUCGUAUGUUUUUGUGCGAAUUACGAUCAUAAUCUUUACGAUCGUACAUUAAAAAAUAGACAAAUAAUAGUAUGAGUACGAUUUAAAUCGUAUAUCUGUCAACCCUGCUAGCAAGACAGCGACAAAAUCACGUUGCAUAACAAUGUAGCCCAAGCUUAUAUCUUAUGAAAUAUACGGAAGAGAUACGGACUUAGAAAAAACAGAAAUGUUGUUCUUUGUGGAAGUCAUUGAUGAAAUUCUAUGUAUUUUAGCCCGCAAACUUUCUUCAAACAAAAACAGCGCCAUCUAGUAUCGAGUUCUGUAAUUAUCUCUUUGUUUAUGGAUUUGAAGUAAGACCGCCACGCAUGCAAUACAUUAUGACUGGGGAUUCCCCUAUUCGUCGACGCUGAAUAUGAGGCGACGACAAUCACUGUCAAACGUGUUCACUAUUACUCUGACUCUGGUAACGUGACUUCCUGGUAACGUGUUAGGUAGGAAAAGCAGUAAAAAAGUGCAUAUUAAGGGAGCAGAUUUGAAAUAAUAUUUAUACUUAACAAGAAAUAAUUAAAGGUUCAAUGGGGAGACCUAAAGAUUUACGCAUAUGGGAGCACUACCGUACUUUACCAAACAAGUCUGUUUCUUGCAAGCUUUGUAAUAAGGUCUACAAAUUCAGUAAUGCUGCCAAAAUGCUUCAACAUCUUAUCACUUGUCCAAAAUCUCCAGAAACAUUAAAAGACUCUAUGAAACUUAUAAAAGAUAGCUCGUCCAAAACCAAAAUGUCUGGACUGUCAGAGAUAGAGACAAAUGAUUCUUUUAUAAGCCCCUCGUCGUCUGCUAACACUACAAUAAAUGCUGAGUUUCAAGACACCGAUGAUCAUAUAAAAACAGAAUUAGCGAGAGCUAUAUUUGUAACAGGGACGCCAUUAUCGAUGGUGCAACAUCCUUUAUGGAUACAAUUUUUCGAAAAAUUGCAACCAAAAUUUAAAAUACCUUCACGUAAAGCUUUAGCGACAAAAUACUUAGAUAAAAUAUAUAGAGAAAUGCGUUUUGAGUUAAAUGAGGAACUAAAUGCUUGUAGUUACUUACACCUUCAGUGUGAUGGCUGGUCUAAUUUAAGAAAUGAAGGAAUAAUAAACUUUCUUAUAUCAAAACCUCAACCUGCAUACGUUAAAAGUUUGAAUACAGAAAGUAAUCCUCACACUAGUGAAUACCUUAGCCAAGAAGUUGAAAAAGUAAUGAAAGUGUAUGGAGCAAAUAAGUUUCUUGUACUUAUUGGCGAUAACGCUAGAAAUAUACAAAAGGCAUUCGAAUUAACAAAACUCAAAUAUCCACAUGUUGUUCCUCUCGGUUGCUGUGCACAUAUCCUUAACUUGUUGUGCCAAGAUAUUGUAAAGAUACAAGAAGUAACUGUGUUUAUUAUGCAAGCCAUAAAUAUAAUAAAAACUGUUAAAAGGAGUCAACGAUUAAGUUCCUUGUUGAUAAAAUCAAGGCAGGGUGAAGAUUCUACACAAACACUAAAAUUGCCUUGUGCUACAAGAUGGGGAAGUCAUGUUACUUCGUUAAAAAGUUUGAAAGCAAAUAAGAUAGCUUUGCAAAUAUUAACAGUUAGAGAAGAUGUGGUAAUUUCAAGAGAUAUUAAAGAUUUAAUUCUAAGUGAUGAUUUCUGGACGAAGACAGGGGAAUGUAUAAGUAUUUUGGAACCAGUCACUGAAAGCAUAUUUUACUUAGAGAGCGACCAGAAUCGUUUGCAUCGCACAUACAUUACAUUUAGAGAUGUACAAGCUAAGAUACGUUUUGCAUUAAAUGAGAUUUCGACAUUGAGCGAAGAAAGCAAACAGCAGAUUCUAACAUCAGUAUCUUCAAGAUGCAAUAUGGCAAUGAGGCCAAUACAUUUUGCAGCAUAUAUUCUAGACCCCAGGACUCUAGGAGUCGAACUUACUCAAGAGGAAGAACUUAAGGGUAUGGAGUUUAUCUACAAUUUAAGCCAACACUUAAGUUUGUCAAAUGUAAUGGCAGAUUUGGCGUGUUAUAAAGCUAAAGAAAACUUUUGGGCCAGAGGAUUUGUAUGGAGCUCAUUAGAUAGCAUUGAGCCCCUAAUAUGGUGGAAAGGUAUUUGUGGUUCCACUGAGUUAAGCAAAGUAGCGAUUCGUAUUCUAUCAGCUCCCUGUACUUCGGCAGCCACUGAGCGUUCCUUUAGUAUCCAAGGCUACAUACAUAAUAACAAAAGAAAUCGACUUACAACUGAAAGAACUGAAAAAAUUUCAUUCAUUUGUUAUAACUGGAAUCUUAAACAUAAAGCUGAAUGCGAGGACAUUCAGUUUAAUGAAGAAAAUACCUUAGAAGCUUUCAUUGAGCAAGUAAAUGAACAUAACAGUUUAGACGAAAUAGAGCCUAUCGAACCUAUACAAUUCAUCGCUUGUAAUAACUCUGAAUCUGACAGUGAUUGACUGUAGUUUUACAUUUUACUUUCAUCUCUUUCUUAAUAAACUCAAAAUCAAAUUAAAAGUUUUUUAUUCUGUAGGCUGCAUAAUAAUAUUGUCUAUGUCCAGUAUAGUGGACGUCUUGCGGCUGAGAUGACGAUGAUGAAGUACAAAAUCAUAAACACCCAAAAAUUUGGGUGUUUAUGGGGUUUAAACCCAAUAAACCCAAAACACCCGGUUUUUACCCACCAGACUUUAAACCCACCCAGGUGGAUUGCCCAUCUCUAAUCGGUAUAAAAUUAAACUCUAUCGAUUAAUACAAAUAAUCCCAAAUAUUGUCAUUUUUGUUACUUAAAUAACUAAAACUAAUAGUUCUUUGAGAAUUAAAAUAAAUUAAUUAAUUUUGAGUUUGCUAGUAGGGAACUCCUAGAGUUAAGCUCGCCUUUGUUCAUUUGUUUACAUCUGUCAUAUUUUUUACGUAUUAUUAUGUAUAUAUAGUGUGUACAAUAAAGUAUAAAUAAAUACAUUUAAUGGAUUAUAGAAAUAUAUAUGACUAUUUAAUUUGUACAACAUAAAACUAACUCCGCCUGUGUUUUCGGUAUACGUUGGCGGGGUACCAGUGAAAAAUUAUAGAUGAGGAUGAAGUCAGAUAAGUCAGCCCAUUGUGAUGAAUUCACCAACAUGGUUUCCACGGAGGAUCGCGAGGAGGUCGACGUAACAGGGUAUAUUGUUAAAAAUGGAACCCCAUUACUAACAAUCCCCGCACCGAUAUUUUAAUUUUGAAAUGAGUAGGUAAAGUGAUUGUUAAAUUUUAUUUGAUAAUUUCAACCAAAUUUAUUUAAUUUAUAAGAGAUGGAGCUGCAUUUAAAGAUAAUUAAAUUGAUCAUAGACAUUGUAACAUAUGUUUAAUAUACAUAAACACAUUCAUCCCUUGCGUCCGUAUUGGUUCUUACACCAUUUUAGUAACACGAGAAAACGGAUUAGGCUUGGAGGACCGUGCGGGGCGCAUAGCUUUGUCAUUACAAGUGGAGUCUCUUCGACUUACCAAUCACAAGUAGACUUAGGUCAAGUAUUUCCUACUAAUUUCCCUGUGCUCUAUUGUCUUGUUUGAGACAAAAGUCGAUUGAACCGAUUCGAUUUCUUUUGAUUUUUUAUAGUCGAUUUUUGACUUCUUGACGAGGAAAGUCUUUAUUGAGACAAAAGUCGAUUGUAUCGAUUCGAUUUCUUUUGAUUUUUUCUAAUCGAUUUUUGACUUCUUGACGAGGAAAGUCUUUGUUGAGACAAAACUCGAUUGUACCGAUUCGAUUUAUUUUUUUUUUCUAGUCGAUUUUUGAUUUCUUGACGAUGAAGGUCUUUAACUUGUUUGCUGUUGUUAUCAGUUUGAAAAAUAGAUAAGUCGAAUUUCUCAGAAACUAUUCAAAUCCGCUCAUUAUAUUAUUCAUAUAUGGAUCUUAAUCAUACCUUUUUUUUAUGGGUGAAAAUGGUUAUGGUAACCCCGCCUGCGCUAACCGGAUACGCUGACGGAGCACCAGUGAAGGGAGAUAGAUGAGAAUGAAAACAGGCCAGUUAGCCCAUCAUGAUGAAUUCAUCAGGAAUUAACCAUGAUAGUUUCCAGGGGGAACCGCAAAGAGAUCGACCUGGCUAUAUUGCUAGCAAUGGGAUUCUCAGUUUCCAUUACUAACAAUCCCUUCCCCCUCUUAAUCAUAACUGUCCACUGCUGAUCCUGCUGACACUGCUGCCCAUCUCUAGACGAUUAAGUUCCCUUAGUCGCUUUUUAUAACACCCACAGGAAAGGAAGGGGUGGUGGCCCAUUUUAUAUUGGGAACUACAUAGAUACGCUAUAAGAUAGAUCUUAAUGUGGAGAAUUUAAUCUUAUCUUACUGGUAUAAUAAAAUUGUAACUAGACGAUGUCUGUACAUGGGAGGUGUUUAAGAAAAAUUGAUA